AUGAUCAUCUGUACUUUCAAUGCACGUACGCUAGCAUCAGAUGCAUCCAUCGAGGACCUGAUGGUACAAGCGCGAAUGAUCAAGUACGACAUCAUUGGUCUGACCGAGACAAGAAGGCACGAAUCUCACCAUGCCGUUUUCGACACUGGAGAAGAAUUGUUCCUCGGAACAUGCGAUAAAAGAGGUGUUGGAGGCGUCGGUGUCCUUGUCAACACAAACUUGGCCAAGAGCAUUGAUUCAUUCGAAUGCCUAACAACCCGAAUCGGAUGUUUACAUUUGAAUAGAUGUGACUCACUACCUGCAGUUUCUAUCUUUGUUGUCUACGCACCAACAUCUCAUUAUGAUGAAAGAGAAAUCGAGAAGUUCUACAUGGAGCUAGAGAAGUUCUAUAAAGAAGACCACACCUUCUACAAGAUCAUUGUGGGUGAUUUUAAUGCCAAGAUAGGACCGAGAAGAUCAGCUGAAGAACUUCACAUCGGGACCCAUGGCCUAGAAUGGAACGAACAGGGUGAGAGACUGUCUGAGUUCAUCAUGUCGACCAAGACCAUUUAUGGUAACUCACAGUUCCAGAAGGCAGAAUCUAAACGAUGGGCAUGGGAGUCUCCCGGUGGACGAUUCUACAACGAAAUAGACCACAUCAUAUUCAAUCGACGGUUUUGCCUGACUGAUGUCGCUGUUGUCCCAAAAUUUCGAACGGGAUCGGACCACCAU